CCGUGUUACAUCGCUCAACAUCCGCUCAAUGUUUUCAAAAUAAAAGAUAAUGAAUUAAAUAAAGGCUUUGCUUUUAGACCACUCCUAGUUUAAUAUUGUGCUGUAAAUGCAACAACACUGUGCUGGAGACUCACACAGAGGUACGGUCAAUGUGUUGUCAGGGUAAGGCUAGCUGAUUUAGAAAAGCACUUAAUAAGCACUUAAUUUCGAGGAGUAGACGGAAGUUUCGAGUGGAAACUUUGCUUGAACUAAAAUUAGCCUCUUGGAGAGCAGGAACCCGCUACUGACAGGGAAUAAGUACGCUCGGCAUGGAGCUCCUUCAGCUGCUAUUACCUGCGCUCUUCUUCGUGAAUGUUUUGGGUGAGGAGGGUAUAUCAUAUGUGAAAGUGAUGUUAGGAGACUCGUUUAUUCUUGCUGGAAACUGUGCGAGUGAGGAAGAGGGGACACUUCGCCAAAUACAGCCUCAGUCCCGGGAUGUCGCUGCGCACCGAGACGGAGUUUGGAGACCAGAGGAAAGUUUUAGAGAUCGCAUCAGUCCCAACUCCUCUGUCGUCUUUAACCGCGCAGUUUACACGGACAGCGGACUUUAUGUGUUCAUGUGCGGCGGUCGGGAGGUGUCUGCUGUCCAGGUGGAGGUUGUCGUGUUCUCUGAAACAUCCGUCACAGAGGGAGAAGCGCGCAGCCUGUCCUGCUACUAUCCAACUACAGCUGGCACCUGCUGGUCUGUGCGCUGGGUUAAAGACGGGGAAGAUGUGUUAAGGAGAGACUCGUGCGGUGGUAAAAGUAACUGGACUGCUGAUGGUCGACUGUCUCUGUCAGCUGAUUGGCUCUCACACGGAGACCUGUCAUUAAACCUGCAGCGGGCUCGGAGGGAAGAUCAGGGGGAUUAUUUCUGUUACAUCCAAAAAGAAGGCAGAGGGGAACAGAGGGGGACACCAGCUGCUGCGAGGCUGAAGGUCAGUGAGAGAAGCCCGGAUCAGACCACCAGCACUCCUCCCCCUACAUCGGUGUCUCCGACACAGACGACUUCAGAAGUAAGCGGACUGGGAACUCUGGCCACUGUCUGCAUCACAGCUGUGGUGUUUUUGGUCGGCCUUGUGUGUGGAUGGCUCCUGAAAUCUCACUGCUCCACGUACUUGUCACAUCUUCUCCGACGCUUUGGAUCCGGCGGUGGACGACAUGAUGUAGAUGGGGCGUCGGAGGCUCUGAGCCAUCCUCCUCCUCUGCAGAUGAAUGGCCACCAUCCAUCAAAUAUGCCCCAGGCAGACGUCUGAAGACUUUCAGGAUCAGAAUUUGACAACAUUUAACUUAUUAAUGCGCUUCAGCUUAUUAAUGUGUGCAGCUUAUUAAUGUGUGCAGCUUAUAAUUAUAAUUCUGCAUUUUAACACCGAUAUCUUAUUUCUGUAAUCUCUUGAUUCGGCUUUGUGUGAUUAAAUAAACUGUUUUCUUCUACUACUGCUUGAGUGAGGCGAUAC